AUGGCAACCACCGCUCCAAUCCCAGCCGAAAAGCGCGACUCAAUGGAAGCAACCGCCAACACGCUCGCCACCAAAAUGAAAGCGGCUUCCCUCGCCGAGACACCCCGAAAGCGGCCUCUCGGUCUAACCGACCUCCCCGCAUCAGUCCGCAACAACAUUUACAAGCACUGUCUCGACACCGAACUCGUAAACCACGGCGCACCCAACGUGUCCUACACGCACACCAUCUCCAAAGACGAAGGCAUCUUGACCUUCUCCGCGUCACGCAACCCGUUCCCCGUGAACACAGCGCUGUUCUUUGUCAACAAGGAGAUAAGCAAAGAUUCGCUGUCGUAUUUCUAUGAGAAGAAUCUCUGGGUCAGAUUCGAUGUUUAUACAAGCGACGCCCGGCACGCGAAGACGUUGCUCGAGGAUUCUGGGCUCCUCUUCUCAACGGCGAAGAGCGAGGUCGUAGAGAAGAGCACGCGCCACGCCCUCGAAAUCGUCCUCGUGGAGAAGAACAGCGCGCAGAAACGCGCUUCCGUCAUGUUCCCAGCUCAAUACCUCCCCCGGCUUAUCAACUUCCUUGACCAAGCAAGCCGCGCAACGAAGACAUGGGCUCAAGGACGUAGUCUCUUCCUCAAUGUAGUAAACACGUAUGGAUUCCCCGUGUCAAAACUACAAGGAGACCUGCUCGAGCUGUUCCGUCUGAUGAGCGGCUUUGGCAAGGUGGAAGUUGAUGGCCAGAAUCUGCUUCCGCGGUACGCGGAGGGUCUGCAGAACAAUAUGAUGGGCGAGAAGUUUACGGCAGAGGCAUAUAUGAGCAGUGUACAGGAACUAGCUGAUCUGGCGGAUGAAGCGAGGGAGAAGGAAGAGUAUGCGCUUGCGAAUGAGUACGCUCAAGCUACUAUCAUCGCGCUGACGUACGGAUAUCUGACGCAUGCCGAAACGCUUCAUUCGCAAGAGGAGGAGUUCAACAAGUCCAUGCAACGACUGCGUUGGAAGACAGAACUGGGCCUCGGCAUCAGUCUUUCCAUUCCACUCCGGGGCCUCACGUCAACAAAACAUUGGCUGCGAACUUCGAACCCAACAGACGAGAUCAGGAAAGCAGCGAAAGACCUACUCCAAGCCGAGAAAUCAGUUUCCCAGGCGCUUAGUCUGGCAUGCGACGCUCCUUCCCCCACCUCGAACCCUUGGUUCCAUUCCAUCCCCGUGGAGCUAAUUCCACCCAACAAACCCUCUUUCUUCACCGACCGCGAGAGGGCGCAGACGUGGUAUGUGCUGGGUACUGUGCAUAUGGCUUUGGGCGAGUAUAUCUUUGCUUGCGGCGAUAUGGAAAGGGCGUUGGAGUUGUGGGGUAAGGACAGUGGGAUUGAUGAGGAAGGUGGGUUGAGGGCGAAGAUGGAGGAGACGUUUGAGAAGGCACGGAAGGGGAUUGAUGGGGAUGCGGAGAGUAUGUGGGUUGGUGAUGUGAGGCCGGGUACGGGGUUGAAGACGGCGGCGAAGUUGGCUAGGGGGUUGUGA